AACCUGAUCCGCCGGAAGUGGCGGGGCGGGGCGGGGUUCUGGCUGCUUGGCGCAGAGAUGCUGCUUUUCUGCCCGGCCUGCGGCAACGUGCUGGUGGCUGAGGAGGGGCCGCGCUGCCACCGAUUCGCUUGCACCACGUGUCCCUAUGUGCGCAACGUUACGCGCAAGGUGACCAGCAGGAAAUACCCGAAGCUAAAGGAGGUGGACGACGUCCUGGGAGGCGCCGCUGCUUGGGAAAACGUGGAUUCCACAGCAGAACCGUGUCCCAAGUGUGAACAUCCACGUGCCUACUUCAUGCAGAUUCAGACCAGAUCAGCUGAUGAGCCUAUGACCACAUUUUAUAAGUGUUGUAAUGCUCAGUGUGGCCACAGGUGGAGGGAUUAACUUUCCUAUCAUAUGUGUUAGUUCUUGUUUGUUCAAAACAAAACAAAAAAUCCAAAAAAGCAUCUCCAUCUGGUUUGUUGAAUGUGAAAUGCUAAUUCUAAUAUAAUAAAGGGCUUUGUCUGUCUGUAA